UGCGCCGUCGCACCCCUUUCCGCUUCUCCCUCGCUUUGACCUACAAGCCGCCGCAGAGAAGGAAGAUGGCCGCCCCGGGGGUGUCCCUGCUGUCCCGGCAGGUGAGAAGCUUCAGUACUUCAGUGGCCAGGCCCUUCAGCAAGAUUGUGAGGCCCCCUGUGCAGGUACAUGGCAUUGAAGGGCGCUAUGCCACAGCUCUUUAUUCUGCUGCAUCUAAACAGAAGAAGCUGGAACAAGUGGAGAAGGAGUUACUGAGAAUGUCACAACUUAUGAAAGACCCCAAAGUGUCGGCUGCUAUUCUGAAUCCAUAUGUUAAGCGUUCCAUUAAAGCAAAAAGCCUGAAUGACAUCACAGCAAAAGAGAAGUUUUCCUCUCUCACAGCCAACCUGAUGAAUUUGCUUGCUGAAAACGGUCGCCUCAGCAACACGCAGGGUGUCAUUUCUGCCUUCUCUACCAUGAUGAGUGUGCACCGGGGAGAGGUGCCAUGCCUGGUGACCACCGCCACUCCGUUAGACAGCACUGUUCUCGCUGAACUAACAGACGUCCUGAAGAGCUUCCUAAGUCAAGGCCAAAUGCUGAAACUGGAGGUUAAGACUGAUCCUGCAAUCAUGGGUGGCAUGAUCGUCCGCAUCGGGGAGAAGUAUGUUGAUAUGUCUGCCAGAACCAAGAUUCAGAAGCUGAGCAGGGCUAUGCGGGCAUUGAACUGAAAAUUCCCAUCAGUAAAAAUCCUUAAUCUUGAAGCAACAAUAAAUUGCUUCCUAA